AUGCCACCAGCUCCUGCCCGCCCUGGUGCUCUCCAGACUUGGCUACAGCCACCAGCCAUGUCUCUCAAUUCCACUAAGACGAAGCGCGACCACGAUGGGGACGAGGACGUCAGCAGCGUCAAUGGCGACGGUGAGAAGGACGAGCAAGUUCCAGCCAAGAAGACUCAGAAGAAAGCUUCUGUCAAACCCAAGGUCGUUAGCAAGCCAAGGUCUACGUCGAAAGCCAUCGUCGAACCAGCCAACUUAGCAAAGGAAGCCAAGAAGCUCUACACAGACAAGAUAAAGGAUGUCGAGGAACGCUACCUGGACCUCGACAAGAAAAUCAAAGCCAUGUCUCUCAACAGCAGCUCAACCACUGUCGAAAACUACGCUCGUGAUCAGCCUGUUACAACCCGGACAGUGCACAUCUUGACCGCUGUCACGAUCGUCACGAGUCGGACAUUACGAAGCUAUUUCACUUCAGAAUCGUAA